CACAUACAGCGGCCGCAUCUCAUACCUACGUGUGCGAGUGCGACACAUAGAGAGAGAUACUUUUGAGGUACUUCGAGGCUUUCAAUAGGACUGUUACAGUUUCAUAAUGGAUUACGGACACGACAGUCUUGAGCCUUCCUUCACCUCACCUGAACCCUUGGUCGCCAGUGGAGGAAAUAUAGAUUCUCUGUGCGAAACUUAUUUUAAUGACGUUGGAUUUUAUCCCGAGGACCGGCAUUUCUGUCCACAGAAGACCAUGGAAGCCAAUAACUGGAGACUUGGGGCAGACCAAGCAUCCGAAGCGUACGAUGACUACGGCGCUUCGGCCUCCUACUACGACGUCAACGACUGGAAGCUUUCCGACGAAGCCCUCCACGACCUGAAGCCCUUCCUGCUGGUCGAGGAAGAGUGGUCUCCACAGCAAGAAAGCAAUUACGAAGCGCUAAGCUACGAGGCGUCAGACCUGCCACUUCAGAACCUAGAUAAUUUAGCGUUGGAUGACAAGCCAUACGACGGAUUUAAUGGUGAGCUUCGACAGUCUCUGUGCCCACCAUCCACUACAGAGUAUUCGUCUCCAGAGCCAAUGUACUCUUCCACCGGCGCCCACAUACCUGUUAACGAACCGCAGUUCAUCUCACAGCCUCCCAAUAUCCUGGAGAAAAUACCUUCAAAAAGAAAACGAGUUCGAGGUCCCAAAAACUGGGAGUUCCUGAUCCGGCUACUGGCAGACAAGCGAACGAACCCGUCUUUAAUUCGCUGGGAAGAUGAGUCUACGGCGACCUUCCGUCUGGUUCAGCCUGAAAAAAUCGCACAGAUGUGGUCCACACGAACGCCAGAUUCGCCUCCUUUAACUUAUAACAAUUUUGCUAGAGGUCUCAGGUACCACUAUAGCAGAGGCGCCUUACAACCAGUGUCAGAAAAGCAGCUGGUGUACUGAUGUGGGCCCAAGGCUCUCCAGUACCUGAUCGACCUGCGCAAGGGUUCUUCCUAUGAAGAUGUUUAGGAUG